AUGGGUGCUCAGUGCUGCGUCCCUGAGAGCAGCAGCAGGCCUGGGAGCGAGGGUGAGGUGCUGAGCCCCAGGCUCUCCUUGCUGGCUCCCUUGUUUGUUGAGGAACCUGUCUCUGGUGUUGGUGUAGGUUCUGGGACUGCUGGUCUGGACGGGCUGAUCGGAGCGGAGGAGAGGGUGAUCAACAGCAAGAACAGGAUGAGUGACAAUGUGGUUAUUGAUGAGACGCUGGAUGUUAAAGAGGUCAUUUUCAAUGCAGAGAGUCUCAGCGGUGUGGAUGAGGACUUGGUCUCCUACAGGCCCCUGGGAGAAUUUAGCUUCAGCAGCAGUACCCUGAUUGGCCUGCUGGUGAUCGCCGUGGCGAUCGCUACGGUGAUUGUGAUCAGCCUGGUGAUGCUGAGGAAGAGGCAGUAUGGGACUAUCAGCCACGGGAUUGUCGAGGUGGACCCCAUGCUGACUCCUGAAGAACGCCACCUCAGUAAAAUGCAGAACCACGGGUACGAGAACCCUACUUACAAAUACCUGGAGCAGAUGCAGAUCUGAGUGCCCCAGCCACAAGAGGGCGCCCUGGAGGAGAGGGGAGGAUAUACUACUGACAAAUAACAAUACUGCUCGCUUCCAGUGGGUCACACUCUGAAUCUGGUUCCAGUGUGGCUCAUUUUCAAGUAAUUAUCUAACAACUCCUGUAGAGCAGACAACUCCAUUUUCUUUUAUGUACAAAACGUAACAAGCUUUUAAAGACGAGAGAAACAAAUUAAUAAUGAGAAGAUUCGUGGUCUUCGCGACGUUUUGAUCUGAUGUAAUUUUUCCUUUUGUAAAAAAAACAAACAAAAAAAACAACAAACAGCGAAUUGCAAAUAAUUGGUAGUCUUGAAAAUGCAGCCUUUUGGUUUUUACGUGAUCACUUAACCUGUAAUAAUUAUUCGAAGAUGUUGAUUUUUUCUUUGUAAUGGACUGCUUUUACAUGAAGGUUAUUUGUACUGAUUUUAUGUAGUGGGGGGAAAAAAAAAUCAUUUUUUUUCUGUUCUAUGCUAAUAUGACAAAAAAAAGAUAUAUAUUAGUGUUUUUUUUUCUUUUUUUUUCUCCUCAUACCAAUAAUCGGCUUCUCUUCUUGAGUAGUGAUUUAGGCAUUGUACAGCAGCCUAGUGGAGGAUUCAGCGAGAUUUAAACAGGUCUCUGAUUCGAAGGAUACUUUGGCAUUGACCCCUCCCAGCUUGAGACAUUAACCCUCAACACUUAUACCCCACCCCCUUUCCCAAGAAAACAAACCCAAACGUGUGUGCAGUUGCCCUGCCCAGUCCCGCCUUGUUCACUCCCUGUGCCACGCAUUCUGCACCUCCUUACUAAGACUGCAUGAGACCAGCAUUACACAGCUGCCGUGACCCUGACCAGCGUGGUGCAUUGCGUUUCCUGUGUGUUCUGAGAGCCUGCCACUCUCCAGAGCUGCAGCCCACUGGACACGCACGCGCGCACACACACACACACACACGCAGACGCACGUCUCCCAUGAUGUCCCACUAAGUAACUUAAUAUCAUGGCCCCCAAAAAUAAAUAUACUCUCGUCCGUUGAUUAAUUUGAACCCGUCUGUGUGUUUGGCUCCUGCCAAUGUUCUUGUGUUGCCAGUGCUGUGGACACACAUGCUGCAUUACACCCCCCCCCCCCCCCC